CUCACAGGGGAGUGCGUCCACAGCUGGAGCUUCAAACAGUGCAACUCUUGACUUUCUGGUUAAAAAAGAAAUCAAGGAUGCUACCAUGCCAGUACAAAUCAAGGUACGAAAGGUGAUUCAGUGGCAAAGUGUUACUAUGCUAAGCAUAAGCUUGUCUGGGAAAUCCUUGAGGGUGGACUCAAAAGUAAAAUAGAAAUACAAUGGUCAGAUAUCAUGGCUUUAAAAGCAAAUUGUCCUGAUGAUGGACCUGGUACACUAAAUGUUGUGAUGUCUAGACGGCCUCUUUUCUUUAUGGAGACCAACCCUCAACCAAGGAAGCACACUUUGUGGCAGGCAACAGCUGACUUUACGGAUGGUAAGGUCAGCAUGCAUAGGCAGCAUUUUCUGCAAUGUCCACAAAGGCUGCUAAACAAGCAUUUUGAAAAGCUCGUCCAAUGUGACUCGCACCUUAACUUCUUAAGCCAACAGCCGGAAAUUGUGUUAGGCUCUCCAUAUUUUGAACCAAAAGCCUCUGUUUUUACUACGUUGGAGCAAGCCAGCAUCCGUGGUUUGGAGCGAGCAGAGUCUGUACUUCGACUUCCUACUUUCCAGGGUCUUGCUUCACCAUCUGUUGCAUCAUCAUUGAAGAUAGAACAGGCUUCUCCCUAGAUGGUGUUCGAACCGUGCACCUUGGAGGUUCUUUCCCCCAGUUCAGGUACGAUGGGCUAGCAAGUUGUUUUACACAUGAAAAGUGAUCAGCUUCAUUAACUAGCUGCCAUAUAUUUUAUGGUAGAGGCAGAAUAUGAUGAAGCCAAAGUUAAUAUAUGCUUCUUCUUCUCUCCUUUUCUCUCUUUUCUAUGCGAUGGUGAAAUUCGAGUUAUUAGUCAUAUAUAUGGGUGCUGGGUAUAUUGUUAUAGCAUGCUGGAUGCUUUCAAA